AUGGCGCCUCCUGCGUCCGGGACCCAUCGAGCUCUUAUCGGCCUCUCUUGUUCCUUCUACUACAUUCCUGGCGGGUACCGGUACAUGGCUCGAAAAGCGCGCAAGAGCUCAAUGGCUGUUGUCGUGUAUGUGGACAUGAUGAUUCCGUGGGCGCUGAUCGCGGUGGUUGGUACCGCUGUCAAUUGUGUCGAAAGCUCCGUUGCAAGCAAGUACCCAUACAAUGCCACCCAAACCGUAGACAGCCAGACUAUCAACUCUCCUUAUCCAUAUGAGUUUCCGCUGUUGCAGAAUGGGUCCCGCGCGGAUCGUGGGCAGUUCCCAAUGCCCAAAUGCCAUGGGUUCCAGCUCGAGGAGGCGACCAUCGACCAGGUGCAGCAUGCCAUGUCGAAGGGGACGUUGACCGCGGUCCAGAUUGUGAGCUGCUACUUGAGGAGGACACAACAGGUGGAUGAGUAUAUCCGCUCGGUCAUGGAGAUCAACCCCGACGUGCUCGAGAUCGCCGCCGCGAUGGACCAAGAGCGAAGAGGCGGGCAUGUUCGCAGCCCUUUGCACGGCAUUCCGUUCCUGGUAAAAGACAACAUUGCGACGAAGGACAAGAUGGAGACGACUGCUGGGUCCUGGAUGCUGCUGGGCUCGGUGGUGCCGAGAGAUGCACAUGUUGUGCACCGGCUGAGAGAGUCGGGUGCGGUCUUGAUGGGCCAUGCCACGAUGAGCGAGUGGGCCGAUAUGAGGAGCAAUUCCUACUCAGAAGGCUACUCUGCUCGAGGAGGCCAGUGUCGCUCGCCAUAUAACCUCACUGCGAAUCCCGGGGGCAGCAGUUCGGGUAGUGGCACGGCCGUUGCUGCUAAUAUUGGCAUGUUUGCUCUCGGUACCGAGACAGAUGGAAGCGUGAUCAGUCCAGCCGAACGAAAUGCCGUGGUAGGCAUCAAGCCGACGGUUGGCUUGACAUCGCGCGCUGGCGUCGUCCCCGAAUCCCACACCCAAGACACAGUAGGCUGUUUCGCCCGCACAGUCCGCGAUGCAACGUAUUGCUUAGAUGCAAUCUACGGCCCCGAUCCCAGGGAUAACUACACUCUGGUCCAGCAAGCUCCCAGUGGCGGCUUCUCCCAAGACCUCACCUCCUCUUCCUCCCUGGCAAACAUGACCUUCGGCCUCCCCUGGCUCACAUUCUGGCAAUACGCUCCGCCCUCUCAACACCCUCCUCUCCUCGCCCUCCUCAACCAGCUUCAAGCCGCCGGCGCCACAAUCCUCAACAACACCGAGCUCCCGACGCGAAACCUCGUCGUCAGCCCCGACGGCUGGGACUGGGACUUUGGCAGCACGCGCGGCUACCCCAACGAGUCCGAGUACACAGUCGUCAAGGCCGAUUUCUACAACGACAUCCACACCUACCUCUCCGAGCUCAACAACACCGCCAUCCGCACCCUCUCCGACAUCCUCGCUUACAACAGUGCCAACGCGGGCAGCGAGGGCGGCGUCCCCCGCGUGCACCCGGCUUUCGCCAGCGGGCAGGACGGCUUCGACGCCAGCUCCGCCUGGGCUGGCGCUACGAACGCGACGUACUGGCAGGCGCGCGGGUUCAUGCAGAAGGCGACGAGGGAAGAUGGCAUCGACGCCGCGCUCUUCAAUGGCGGGACGGAGCUGACGGCCUUGCUGGUGCCGAGUGAUGUAGGCCAGGUCACGAACGUGGCGGCGCAGGCGGGAUAUCCGCUGCUGACCCUCCCAGUGGCUGUCGGUGCGGAGACGGGGAUGCCGUUCGGACUCGGCGUGAUGGGGACGGCGUGGAGUGAGGGGGUGUUGGUGCGGGUUGCGAGUGCGGUGGAAGAUUUGCAGAUGAGGCUGGAUGGGGAGGCGGGGGGGAGGACGAGGCCCGAAUGGUGGGAGUUUAGGGCCAGGAAUAUUCCUGUCAAUAAUGUUUAG